AUGAGAAAUCAAGUGAAAUUAAUAUUAAUUUUAUUUAAUAUUAUUUCUUUGUUUCUAUUAUAUGUAAAUGCUAUAACAUGUCCUCCAGGUUAUAGCAUAGGACCUUCAAACAGAUGUUAUCAAGGAUAUUCUUCAACAUUUGCUGUUUGGAGGUGUCAAAAUCCCGAUCCAAUGAAAAGUUAUUUCCAAAUGUCAAAUGGACCGAUGUUUUGUGACUCUGGAUUUACGGCAACAGAUUAUCAUAGUAUAUCGAAUCCAAAUAGAGAAAUCAGAGUUGCUUAUUGUACAACCACUGAUUAUAAUCAUAAUGCCGUUGUUCCAUUCGCUCCUGAAACCGAUCAAUUUGAUGCAUGCCCACCUGGCUUUGCAUUUGGAGAUUCUGCCGUAUUCGAUUUCAUGGCGGAUCCAACAAAGCGAUAUUUUAUUAUUGAAUCGUGUGGUGAUAAUUAUAAUUACAUCGGUUUUGGUUGGAAAUCUACUGCAACACCAACCAACUAUUGUCAAUCGUUCGGUGGACCGCUACCGCAAUUCGAUGCCUACUACGAUAUGGGUGUGAUGUAUCCGUGUGCUUCAUAUUGCCUGAAUGGUGGUACUUGUCUUGGUACUGGUGUUUGUCAGUGUACUUCGGAAUGGUCUGGUUCAGACUGUUCAACUCCAGCCAAUCCUUGUGCAACAAACAAUGGUGGUUGUGCACAAAACUGUAAUAAUAUUGGUGGUACGUCGAGUUGCUCUUGUAAUGCUGGUUACACAUUGAACGCUGAUGGUAAAGGUUGUACAGAUAUCAAUGAAUGUUCAACAAACAACGGUGGAUGUGCUCAAACAUGUACCAAUACACCAGGUAGUUUCCAAUGUUCAUGCGCUGCUGGUUAUACAUUGAACGCCGAUGGUAAAGGUUGUACCGAUAUCAAUGAAUGCUCAACAAACAAUGGUGGAUGUGCUCAAACAUGCACAAAUACUCAAGGUAGUUUCCAAUGUUCAUGCGCUGCCGGAUAUACUUUGAAUGCAGAUGGCAAAGGAUGUACCGAUAUCAAUGAAUGUUCAACAAACAAUGGUGGAUGUGCUCAAACCUGUAUCAAUACACCAGGUAGUUUUACUUGUUCAUGUGCUGCUGGAUACACAUUGAAUGCCGAUGGUAAAGGAUGUACCGAUAUCAAUGAAUGUUCAACAAGCAACGGUGGAUGUGCUCAAACAUGUACAAAUAACCCAGGUAGUUUCACUUGUUCAUGUGCUGCUGGUUAUACAUUGAAUGCCGAUGGUAAAGGAUGUACCGAUAUCAAUGAAUGUUCAACAAACAAUGGUGGAUGUGCUCAAACAUGUACAAAUACUCAAGGUAGUUUCACUUGUUCAUGUGCUGCUGGUUACACUUUGAAUGCAGAUGGUAAAAGUUGUACCGAUAUUAAUGAAUGCUCAACUAACAAUGGUGGAUGUGCUCAAACAUGCACAAAUAAUCCUGGAAGUUUUACUUGUUCAUGCGCUGCCGGAUACACUUUAAAUGCAGAUGGUAAAGGAUGUACCGAUAUCAAUGAAUGUUCAACAAACAAUGGUGGUUGUGCUCAAACAUGUACUAAUUCACCAGGUAGCUAUUCAUGUUCUUGUGGAGCUGGUUACACUUUAAAUGCAGAUGGUAAAGGAUGUACUGAUAUCAAUGAAUGCUCAACAAACAAUGGUGGAUGUGCUCAAACAUGUAUAAAUAACCCAGGUAGUUUCACUUGUUCAUGCUCUGCUGGCUACACAUUGAAUGCAGAUGGUAAAGGAUGCACUGAUAUCAAUGAAUGCUCAACAAACAAUGGUGGAUGUGCUCAAACAUGCACAAAUACUCAAGGUAGUUUCCAAUGCUCUUGUGGAUCAGGAUACACAUUGAAUGCAGAUGGUAAAGGAUGUACCGAUAUCAAUGAAUGUUCAUCUAACAAUGGCGGAUGUACACAAACAUGUAAUAAUACACCAGGAAGUUUCUAUUGCUCAUGUGCUGCUGGAUACACUUUGAAUGCCGAUGGUAAAGGAUGUACCGAUAUCAAUGAAUGUUCAACAAACAACGGUGGAUGUGCUCAAACAUGCAAUAACAACCCUGGAAGCAUCUAUUGCUCAUGUGCUGCUGGAUACACUUUGAAUGCAGAUGGCAAAAGUUGUACCGAUAUCAAUGAAUGUUUGAACAACAAUGGUGGAUGUAUUCAAAACUGUAACAAUUUACCAGGUAGUUAUAAUUGUACAUGUAAUUCUGGAUACACAUUGAAUGCAGAUGGUAAAAGUUGUACCGACAUCAAUGAAUGCUCAACAAACAAUGGUGGAUGUGCUCAAACAUGUACCAACACUCAAGGUAGUUUCUAUUGUACUUGUCAAACAGGCUACACAUUGAAUGCAGAUGGUAAAAGCUGUACUGAUAUUAAUGAAUGUUUGACAAAUAACGGUGGAUGUGCUCAAACAUGUAAUAACAAUCCUGGAAGUUAUAGUUGUUCAUGUGCUGCUGGAUACACAUUUAAUGCAGAUGGAAAGAGUUGUACCGAUAUCAAUGAAUGUUCGACAAACAAUGGUGGAUGUGCUCAAACCUGUACCAAUACACCAGGUAGUUUCCAAUGUUCAUGCACUGCUGGCUACACAUUGAGUCCAGAUGGCAAAGGAUGUACCGAUAUCAAUGAAUGUUCAACAAACAAUGGUGGAUGUGCUCAUAAUUGUACAAAUUCGCCAGGUAUAUACUAUUGUUAUUGUUUAAAUGGUUACUCAUUGAAUAAUGAUGGCAAAGGAUGCACUGAUAUCAAUGAAUGUCUGACAGUUAAUGGGGGUUGUAAUCAAACCUGUUCCAAUACUCAAGGUAGUUUCCAAUGUUCAUGCUCAACAGGUUACACAUUGAGUCCAGAUGGCAGAGGAUGUACCGAUAUCAAUGAAUGUUCAACAAACAAUGGUAACUGUUCUCAAAUUUGUAUCAAUACACCAGGUAGCUUCCAUUGUUCAUGUUCAAUUGGUUACACAUUGAGCGCAGAUGGUAAAAGCUGUACUGAUAUCAAUGAAUGUUUAGAGAAUCCAAGUCCUUGUAGAGGUGUUGCAACUUGUCAAAAUACAAAUGGAUCAUUCAUUUGUAAUUGUCCUUCAGAUCAAGUAAUAUCACCUGAUGGUCUCGGAUGUAUAGAUCCUCCACCAUUUAUCAUAUCUACUUCUCAACUCUACAGUGUAGGCGGUGAUCUUUCAAUUUAUGGUAAAAACUUUGGAUCUGAUUAUCAGAUGGUUGUUGUCAAUAUUGGACCGUAUACUUGCAGAGUACAACCACAAUCAAACACCACCUUUAUUUUAUGUUCAAUCCGUCGUGAUCUAGAACCACUGACAAGAUAUCUUCAAGUAAUUGUGAACAACAUACCAGCCAACGAUUAUUAUAUUACAAUUCUAAAACUUACAAGCACAAGACCAUCUCAGUGUUCGAAUGGUUGUAGUGGUAAUGGAAUUUGUACCUCAGUUGGAUGUCAAUGCAAUUCUGGAUAUACGGGUGAAUCGUGUUCAAAUCCACCAGUCGACUCCACGCCAACACCUAUUACACCAACACCAAACCAACCAAACAAUCCCGGUGUGAUUACAGGUGAGAGAAAUGAUUCAACCAUUCAAUUCAAGAUUUCAGUGAUUGGCAUUCAAGAAUUGGAUUCAACUGACAAUAUCAUCACCAACUAUACAUUCGAUAAAUCUAUUUGGAACUUGAUUUCGAAUGAAAAAGAUACAGGUGAAUGGACAUUCCAUAUCUCACUUCCAAACAAUGUCAACAUGUCAGCAACAUUCAAUUAUAUCACAGAGAAAAAUGGAAGAAAUAUUACAUUCUCUGGACAAUCUUUCCACUUUAAUCAAUUCACUUUGAAACUAACAAUGAAAGUUAGUAAAUGGACUUUCCAAUCAAGAUUAAACACCUUGAGAAUACUUGUAAAGUCUGAAACGAUAGGAUUGCCAGAAUGUGAUAAAUCCAACUCCAACAUUACAUCGGAUUCUUAUUCAUCACUAUUAUAUGCAACAAUGGAAACUCCUAUGGGUCUGAUGUCUGGAAGAUAUCUAUCAUUGGCAGAAAUCGAUGGAAGAUCAAUCGUUGGAAAGGUUGAACAAAUUCCAAGUCCACAAGGAACAUUCAUCAUUGGAACAUCGAUUCCAUUCUUUGAAUCAUAUGGUUUGAUCGAUCCUGAUUUCUCUGUGAUGAUCCAAACCGAUAAGUCAGGAUCAAAUCUUAAAGGUUCUAAUUGUCAAUCUCCAAAGAAAGAUAAUUGGCCAAUUAUCGUUGGUAGUGUAAUUGGUGGAGUUGCAGCAGCUGGUAUCGCCGCUGGUACUGCACUUUACAUUAAAAGACAAAGAAGAUGGAUUAGACAAACCAAUGAUAUCGAAAAGAGAAUCAACAAAUCUAAAACUGAUCCAUCUCAAAACAACUAA